AUGGAGCACAACUGCAAUAAAUGUGUUGAAGUUGACACCGAAAGAAUGGUACAGUGCGACGCUUGCAAUUCGUGGUAUCAUUUUGACUGUGUAGGAGUUGACAGCAAUAUAGCUGAUAUGAGCUGGAGCUGCGAAGUAUGCCGGCGCAAUGUAUCAGCUACAAACGCUAAACCAACAGCUUCAUCAUCGCCAACUACUGAAAAAGGUAAAGGGCACUCGCAACCUGUUCCAUCACUUGAGCCAGCUGUGAAUUCUCAAAUGGAUUCACACGUCAGGGCAUCUACGCUGACCACGGCGGUCCUCACCAUGACAACUACACCUGUUGUCCAAAGCACUGCGACAGCAACAUCAACGAGCUUCAUAAUGUCACAACCACGUGAUACAGGGAGCACGUUUCCAUUGGCGAUGGCGGCAACUUCCUCGCAUUUCAUGCGAGCUGAACCCUACGCAACUUCGAUAGGGCUUGGCGCACUUCCAACGUCAACACAAGCUACAGAUGUCAGGCGUUUCACGACGAUUCCGACGGCGGCAAGGCCACAUGAGUUCGAGACCAGCACUAUUUCUAGUUCAUCAACCUAUACACCACACACAUUCACGGAUGCAGCAUUACGGCAGCAGAUGAGUAUGACAUGCGAGAAGUUUGAUAAGUCCGAAGCACAGCGUAAUCUUCAACUGGAGCGGCUGAAGGAAGAGAUGGAAAUGCAGCAACAGUAUUUGGAUAGUAAAUACAAAAUUCUGUCGCAAUUCAGCGAUGUUCCGUCGAUUUCUGCCCCUAUGUUUAUGCAGAACACGGGACCGUCACAAUCGCAGCUCAUUGCCAGGCAAGCAAUUCCCAAACAGCUUCCAACGUUCAGUGGUGAUCCUGAAGAAUGGCCACUGUUUAUAUCUAACUUUGAAAACAGUACCGCAGUCGCCGGAUACACCGAUGCCGAAAACCUCAUUCGGCUCCAGGCAAGCCUCAAGGGCAAAGCACGCGAAAUGGUAAAAAGCAAACUAUUUUUACCGUCGAUGGUGCCAGAGAUCAUCCAUACAUUGAGGAUGUGUUUCGGUAGACCCGAAUACAUACUUGAGCGCGUUGUAAAUAGAGCGCGCGCAAUGCCUCCUCUGAAGGACAAACUAGAGGGCCUAGUUGACUUCGCUCUCUGCGUAAGAAACAUAUGCAAUACAAUGGAGGGAUGUCAACUGUACAUGCACCUUCACAACCCAUUACUGGUCAAGGAACUGGUUGAUAAACUGCCCAACAACCAUAAACUGGGCUGGGCUCUCCAUCGCAAGGACGAAAAAGUUCCAAUCGUAAAACAAUUUAGCGACUGGAUAUUUUGCCUAGCCGAGGCAGCCAGCACCGUUGUCAACUUAGCAUCAAAUAAGAGUCAUGCCUCGGUUAACACUCAUACCGUCGAAGGGAAUGCAGAACUUUCAAAACAUAAAGACCGCACACCAACUACUAAAGUUUGCUGUGUUUGCAAUAGUCGUGAGCACAAAGUGCCUCAAUGUGAGAUUUUUAAAAAGUUUGCUCUACCCCGCAAAUGGGAGAUAGUGAAAGCUAAUAAUCUUUGCCGUCAAUGUCUUACUCAUCACAGACGCAAAUGUUUCAUCGACAAAGUAUGCGGUAAAGAAGGCUGCAGCAUAAAGCAUCACCCAUUACUGCAUAAGUUCGUCGAGCCUACGGUGGAGCAAGUAAACACUCACAACAGCGGCGAAGCGCGUCCACUGUUUAGAAUUGUGCCUGUCCGCUUGUACUGGGGAGAUAACUUCAUUGAUAUUCACGCAUUUUUAGAUGAAGGUUCGAGUGUCACACUUAUAGAGAGGACAGUUUUCGAUCAACUCGGUGUGAAGGGUGAGCGCGGGCCACUAUGUUUGCGAUGGACAGGGAAUACCACUCGUGUCGAAGAAAACUCCGAGAAAGCAUCACUAGAGAUUUCUAGUCCGACUAGCAGCCAAAAAUACAUGUUAAAAAACAUUCGCGCGAUUGACAGCCUUGGCCUUCCUGAGCAGUCCGUCAAUAUACUUGAAAUGCAAAAUAAGUAUCCGUUUUUGAAGGGACUACCCAUCAAAUCGUACAGCAGCAUAAAGCCUUCACUAUUAAUUGGAGCAGAUAACUGGAAGUUGGCGGUUCCACUCAAAGUAAAAGAGGGGAAUUGGUCUCAACCAAUAGCAUCAAAAACGCGUUUGGGCUGGACGUUGCAGGGGUAUGAGAGCUACCAAGGUGGUAAAUUUAGAUUAAAUGUACAUACGUGCGACUGUCAAAUGAAGUAUGAUGAGCUGCACGAAGUAGUUAAAGACUCCUUCGCACUAGAUUCUCCAAAAUCAAUGGAGGUUAUAUCAGAGGACGACGUAAAGGCAUUUGACAUCUUGAACAGUUCUUCUAAGCAAGUAAACGGUCGUUACGAGGUCGGGCUUUUAUGGCGAAAUCCGACAGAGGCUCUACCAAGCAGUUACUUAAAUGCAUUGCAACGAUUAAAAUGCCUAGAAAAGAAAUUCAUCAAAGAUCCCGUACUUCGAUCUACCAUGCAAGAACAGAUCAACAAUUUAGUCGACAAAGGAUACGCCCAAAAGCUUUCAUUGGCAGAAGCGGCCGUUCCGAGAACCAAAACAUGGCACUUACCAAUUUUCGUCGUUAUGAACCCUAAUAAACCGGGUAAAAUUCGAAUGGUUUGGGACGCGGCAGCGAAAGCAAAUGGUGUGUCACUUAACCAUUUUCUCUUAAGUGGACCCGACUUGCUCAAUCCACUUGUAGACAUCUUGCUGUCAUUCAGAGUUGGCCGAAUAGCCGUAUGUGGUGACAUUGCAGAAAUGUUUCACCGAAUAAGCGUCCGAGAGCAGGAUAUGCAUGCCCAGCGUUUUUUGUGGCGUGACGAGAAUGAUGACUUACAACAACCGAGUAUUUACGUUAUGCGCGCGCUAACUUUUGGCCUCAACUGCGCUCCUUGCAUCGCUGACUUCAUACGUGAUAUGAAUGCAGAUAAGUUUAAACAAAAAUUUCCUCGAGCUGCAGACGCGGUGAAAAAGAAUCACUACGUUGAUGACUUCAUCGACAGUGAAGACGACGAGCAAUCGGCGUUGAAACUAGCAACACAGGUUAGAGAGAUUCAUCGUGCCGCAGGAUUUCACAUACGAGGCUGGUCGUCGAAUUCUAAGGCAGUUCUGGAGCAACUAACCGAUGAUCCUGCAUCUGUGCACAAUGUCGGAGAAUGGGCCUCAACGACAAAAAUACUAGGUAUGUUUUGGGAUCCGAGCAGCGAUAAUUUUAAGUAUGUUUGCAGAUUUACGAGACUUCGUCGUGACGUCAUUAACGAGACAUAUGCGCCGACGAAAAGAGAAAUCCUCCAGGUGCUAAUGUCUAUCUUCGAUCCACUGGGCUUUGUUAGCUGUUACACCAUAGGAUUGAAAAUCCUUCUUCAAGACGUAUGGCGGCCAGGAAUUACCUGGGAUGAUUCUCUGUGCGACGAGCUAUACGAUAAGUGGUGUCGUUGGAAGAAUAUGGUUGCGCUAAUAACGGCGGUCGAAAUACCACGUUGCUACUCUUUGCUUCUAAAACAAGCCGAUCAUGUCGAAUUGCACACAUUCGUCGAUGCUGGCGAAAAGGCAUAUGCUGCGGUGUGUUAUUUGCGUAUAAUAAAGGGUAACGAUAUUUCCACCAUGAUCAUGGCCAGCAAAUCCAAGGUCGCACCGCUCAAGCCGCUGUCGAUUCCAAGACUGGAAUUGCAAGCAGCAGUAAUAGGUAUACGAUUAGCUUCAAUGGUCGCCAAGGUACAACGCAUCGGCAUUAGGUCUUUGUUUUGGUGGACAGACUCGAAAACUGUGCUACGCUGGAUUCGAAUGGACCCGAGAAAAUUACAGCAAUAUGUAAUGCAUCGAGUAGGAGAGAUUUUAGAAACGUCGAGCAUAAGUCAGUGGAAAUGGGUACCCUCUAAGCAAAAUCCGGCCGAUUUAGCCACGAAGGUUUCUGACAGCUCUGACUACAACUUGUGGUUCACAGGACCAGAGUUCUUAGCAAAAGAGCAAGGGGCAUGGCCGAAUUUUACCGAGAUUGACCCUAAAGACGACGAUUUGAGAGAGAUUCGACACCUUGUUUUACAUAUAGGAAAGCAACCUUUACGUAAUGUAACGUUAAACGUUGAGUAUUUCUCUAAUUGGGAGCGCCUGUACAGAGCCGUGGCAACGUUUUUGCUCUACGUAAAUAUCUUACGCGCAAAAGUGUCGUCAAAAACGCCUGUAUGCAGACUAACUUUCGAUCUAAUCGAACAAGGUCAACAAUUUUUAAUCAAAUACGCACAAAGGGAUUUCACCGAAGAGCUAACAUUCCUUCAGCGAGAAAUAGCUGGCAGUUUGGACACAAGUUCGUGCGUCCUAGCCAUACAAAAUUUCAUAUCUCGUCGCGGUUAUCCCAGGCAGAUAUUUUCCGACAACGGCACUAAUUUUCGAGCGACUGAAAAGAUUAUUUGUGGUAAGCUAAAAGAGAUCAAAUUCCAGGACUUGAUCGUAACCUUUGACCAG